CGGGCCGGGUCGGAACUGUCAUGCUUGGCUCCGGGCGUUUCCGGCCGGGUCUGUAAAGCUGUGCGACCGGGCCGCGCGCCUGGUGAGAGGGCUGUCUGGGGAGCAUGUCGAGUUUCUCUAAGGCGUCCCAGCAAUGGGCCACUUUUGCCCGAAUGUGGUAUCUCUUGGAUGGGAAAAUGCAGCCGCCUGGAAAACUUGCCGCCCUCGCGUCGAUGAAGCUCCAAGGACUCCACAAGCCUAUAUACCAUCAACUGAGUGACUGUGGCGAUCAUGUUGUCAUAAUGAACACAAGACACAUUGCAUUUUCUGGAAACAAGUGGGAGCAGAAAGUAUACUCCUCACACACUGGCUACCCAGGUGGAUUUAGACAAGUAACAGCAGCAGAGCUUCACCAGCGGGAUCCAGUGGCAAUUGUAAAAUUGGCCAUUUAUGGCAUGCUGCCCAAGAACCUUCACAGAAGAACAAUGAUGCAACGACUACAUCUUUUUCCCGAUGAUAAUAUUCCAGAAGAUAUUCUGAAAAAUUUAGUGGAAGAACUUCCUCAGCCACGCAAAGUACCUAAACGUCUUGAUGAAUACACACAAGAAGAAAUAGAGGCUUUCCCAAGAGUAUGGUCUCCACCUGAAGAUUAUCGCAUAAAGUAGCACUGAGGCCAUUGAAACUCCUUC